UCGAUUUUUGGAGCAGCUUUCCGUUCCGCUUCGAUUAUUCGGAAAAUUUAUUCAGUUCCCUGAGGCCAUCAAUCAAGAUAAUUUGCUGAGGAAUUUGGUGGCAUUAUUCUUCGGCAUGGAAUAUUACGCCAGCAUCUGUCGAUUGUGUGAAUCUCCGGAGCAGACGGGAAACAGUUGGGUCGAACUGUUCUCCCCCAAGAACGAGCAGCUUCUUCCUAUGAUUAGGGCUUGCGCUAAUAUCAUGAUUUGGGAAAACGAUGGAUUGCCGAUGCGUAUCUGCGGACGUUGCCACCAGAACCUGGAACAGGCAUACAACUUCAAGAUGCAGUGCGAGGUAACCGACGCCAAGCUUCGGCACGAAAUUGAGUUUUUAGGGAAAAAUGGCGAGAACCACGGUUUGCCCGUUCCUCCGUUCGACUACAGUCGGUUUCUGAUGGCGCGGAAAGAUACGAAGGUGGAUGUGACCUUGGCAGCGGAGAAGAUUUUCGUGAAAACAGAGAUGGUUGCAGACGAAGACGGCGGACAACCUAUAUUGAAGGAGCCGAAUGUUGAAUCGGAUGAUGAAUUUAGCUCGGCAAAGGCGGAACCUGAACUCAAGAUUGAGGUGGAUUGGAAUCCGUAUAAAGACGAGGUCAGUGAUUCGGAGGAAUCUGACGAUGAGAGCGAAAAUGUUUUAGAUGGAGAAGAAAAAGCGAAACCGAAGGAGAAGACGAAGCCCGCGGAGGUCGAUAAGAUGCCAAAAUCUCACAUUUGCGAAAUCUGCGGGGAUCAGUUCGAUAAGAGAUCGAAUUUGAAUGGCCACAAAAGAACUGUACACGGCCCGAAGCGAUACCAGUGCUCGCAGUGUUCGAAGUGCUUUUCGAAAAAAUCUCGCUGGCAAGAUCACGAAGUACAACAUACCGGCAUUCGACAGUUUGAGUGCCCUCAGUGCGAUAAGAAAUAUGCCACCCAGGCAGGGCUAAAGACCCACAUGGAAGAUGUGCACACUGACAAUUUGCCGUACGUUUGCGAUAAGUGCGGUAAGGGAUUUUCCUCGGGAAGCAAACUGCGCUACCAUUAUACGGUUCACAUCGAUACGAGAGACGUAAUCUGCGACAUUUGCAAAAAGGGUUUCAAGAGCAAGUUUCACUUGAGAAUACACAUGGACUGCCACCUGCCACCGGGCCAGAAAAGGACACGGAAGCAAAGAAAUCGUAACAAGACCUGCGUAUGCCCAUUCUGCGGGAAGAUAUCCAACUCGAUUGGUGUGCAUACUACGCAUCUCAGGGUGCAUACGGGUGAAAAGAAAUACGAAUGUCACGUCUGCUUCAGACGGUUCAAUUCUCAAUGUUCGCAAAAGAAGCACAUACUGGUCCACACCGGUGAGAAACCGUACGUUUGCCAGUACUGCCAGAAGGCUUUCCGUCAGAAGCACCACAUGGACACGCACAUCCGGGGUGUCCACACGAACGAGAAGCCCUACAAGUGCAAAUUCUGUCCACGGGCGUUCGCCACCCUGGGAAACAUGCGAGGGCACGAGAAGAGCCACGGAGAACCGCUCGGUGCCGCCAAACUGGACCAGGAAAUGCAGCCGCCUGCUGUCCAGCUGGGGGUAGGCGUGAUGGAUAGCCUGUCGUAGUUGCCUUCUCCGCCGAUGAAUCUGGGUGUUGUCAUUCCUGUACACUGAUUGCGCACAACAUAGAUGCGGAGUGUAGUUAUUGAAACUAUAAAUUUAAGAAUUAUUUGCUUGUGAAUUUUUAUCGGCUUAUCUUUUUAUGUAUCACAGCCUGGAUUUUUUUUUUUUGAGGCUGCAAAAAAAAAGCUGCACUUGUAGGGGUUGAAGGACGUGGAUAACUGAGUGGAGCCU